UCGUGACGCUUGUGAUUUGCAUUUCGUUUUGUGCUAAUUUGUUUGUAUACAAAGAAAAUCGAAAGUUCCUUUCAUGGAAUUCCUAAUUGUUAAAAAAUGAAUGUUUGUCGAACUUGCCUGGAUGAUUCUAAUUCCGACCUCGUACCGGUGUUCUCCAAACUUGAGGGUGAAUUCAUCGCUAAUAUUAUCGUUAAUUGCAGUUCUAUAUCGAUUGUCGAAGACGACGGAUUACCAGCAUUUGUGUGCUCAGAAUGUCUAACGAGCAUCAAGCAGAUUCUAGUGUUCGCCAAAAAGGCUCGUGAGUCGGAUCUCAAGUUGCGCAACGUGGUAAAAGCUGAAGCCAACCCGGAGCAAAAAGAGUUAGGAGGAGAAUCUAACUGGUUUGACGUACUAGUCACGCAGGUAAAAACUGAGUUUGGCAAUGAGGACGAAGAUUGCAAGAUUACCGAUAGAGAUAGUGACCAAAGUGAAGGCGAGGACAGCGGAAACGAUGAUAGUAGUGAUGGAAAACAUUCGGCUAAUGACACUGGAUCAGAAAGGCACACCAAUAGUGGGAAGAACAGCACAACUGAACGAAAAGACGUUAACGAUGAUGAUGACGAAGAGGAAGAUGAUACUUUAGAUGCAGAAGAAAGAAAAAUACUAGAAUUAGUUAAAAUAGAUGUGGAUAGAUUUAUUUGCUGUCUCUGCAGUUACGAUUUUGAAUCUCGCGAUGAGCUAGAAGCUCACGGAAAACAGAACCACGUGAUAAAGAGAAGAAUCAGUCGAGCACACAAGCCGUUCUUCUGUGUGGUGUGCUAUAAAAGGUAUUGUACCAAAGAAGCGCUUCAAGUUCAUCUGAAUUUAGCGGAUGACCUUAUAAAUCGAAAGAUAUACCGUUGCAAACUUUGUCCGGCUAGGUUUUGGUCUGUGAAACGUAGAAGACAUCAUGCCCACUACCAUCCAAAGAUCGCUUUGGAAGAAAUACUGGAGGUUGGAAAAAAGGAGCGCGUGACUAAUAACGAUGGGAAAAAGGUUAGAGCCAGGAAGGGUCGAUCUGGUAAGAAUUUUGAUAGUGAUGAUAACUCAGACGAGGAAGAACUUUCAUUAGCAAACGUUGCACGGAAGGCUAGCAGAAGUAAAUAUGAGAGAGACUGUAGAUUACUGCGUAAAAUAGCAGUAAAAUCACAGCAAAAAUCUCGUGAAAAACAAGCUACUGAAGAGGAUGACGAUGAAGAAGAAGAUGUUGUAGAUGAAGUUCUGGAUGAAAAAGAAUUGGAAAUGAUGGAGCAGGUCUCGGUGGCUUCGGGAAGACAUAUAUGCUGCCUUUGUAGUUAUGAUUUUCCAACACACGAUGAGCUGGAAGCUCAUGGCAAACAAGUACAUGAAAAGAAAAAGAGAGUUAGUAGAGCCAACAAGCCGUUCUUCUGUACGGUGUGUUACAAACGUUACUGUACACAGGAAGCUUUGGAUGCCCACCUAAAUCUAGCGAAAAAUCUGAUUAAUCGAAAAGUUUACAGAUGCAAAUUUUGCCCUGCCAGAUUUUGGUCCUCGAAACGGAGACGUCAUCACGCUCAUAAUCAUCCAAAGUACUCCUUGGUAGAGGAACCGGAAGAAGAGAAAAAGAAGCGACCUCCAACGUGCUGUAACAAAGGAUGCUACGAUGAGUUCGAAACUGAACAAGAGCUUAUCGAGCAUGGUAAAAAACUACAUGCGCUGAAGAAGCGUUCAGUUAUCGAUCCUGCUCUGCCAUACGAGUGUCCGGUAUGUUUCAAGUGUUUCGAAACGAAGAAAUCCCUAACCAGGCAUCGGCUGCGCAGUGUACGACCGGAUAUGGCACAAUGCAGUAUUUGUGGGAAGGAGUUCAAGUUUCGGAAAUCGCUCGAACAUCACGAACGACAGCAUCGUAACGAGCGACCCUUCCCGUGUGAGCAGUGUGGCAAGCGGUUUGGCUCCAAGCAGCAACUUAAAUGGCACUAUCUAGUGCACAAGGAGGAUAAACCGUUCGUUUGUACCGUUUGCGGUUGGAGCUUCAAGCGAGAGGGUAACCUGCAGUUUCACAUGUUGACCCACUCGGACGAGUUGCCGUUUAAGUGUGACGUGUGCCAGAAGUCGUUCAAGGGUAAAUAUCAUUUGCAGUAUCACAUGCGAACGCAUACUGGCCAUAAACCGUGGCACUGUCGUUACUGUGAGAAGUCCUUUGCAGAUCACGCAAAUCGGGCCAGGCACGAAAUCUCUCACACAGGUAUUAAACCCUACAAAUGUACUUACUGCGAUAAGAGUUUUAUCCGUAGACGAUGUCAAAUAGAACACGAGAGCAUCCACACAGGAAUCAAACCAUACCGCUGUGAACUGUGCAAUCGAACCUUCAGCCAGAAGCCUGCCCUGAAGCGGCAUCUGGAAAUGCAUCCCCUUGCGUUAGAAAAUCAAAUUUCUCUUGCCCAGCCGUCUCCGAUGCCGGCCGCUGAUCCACCUGUGACUGCGUCCUCGCCAGCAUUGCCUGUGCAAAGUCAAUAUUCGCAUCCACCGCAAGCAACGACAGAAUUAAUGCCACCUCCUCGUGACUACGGUAUUCAAUAGUAGUUAAUAAGAUGACAUCGACGUUGCGCAACUCGGCGCCCACGUUUUUGUCCAGCUUUGCUCUGUUUACUUGAUGGAAUGUUGUAUCCUCUAGAAGAGUAAUAGUUGAGUAAAUUUAUUCCAAAUGCAGUUAAAAUAAAUACCUACCGUUCGUGAAUUUUUCAUAUAUUAAUCCUAUCAAAUAGUAGAUCACAGUAUCUAGCAGCAUCAUGAAUAUCCCAAACAUCAUGUCGUUUUCGUCAAUCGAACCGCUAAAAGCGGUAACGAAGUCAGCACUGCGAUAUUGCAGUUCCAUGCGCAUAAUAUGGCGCCAAGCAUAACAAAAGGCCGUUGAAAACGACAAACUCUAUUACAGAAAAAAAUCUUGAUCGUAAUUGUUUAAAUUACACCGUUCGAUCGAACUUACCGCCACAAAUUUCCACCCGGUACUCAGCACAGCUCCCAGCGAAAUGAUUAUAAUGUACGGUAGGAAUGUCGCAAGAAACAGAAUAACCGUCGAAACGGAUCCAAUACUGGCGGAGGCGAAAAACAUUGAACACAUGUAACAGAACGCCAUCAAGCAGACACCGAACACCAGAAGGUACACAAAAAGGAAUAAUUUGCUGGAAUGUAGCAGUAUUCCACCACAAUACAAUAUGAUAAGACUUAGCACAAAUACGAUGCAAAGCUCGACCAUCGUCGUUAUUGCCCAGGAAAUGGAGUCCGAGUUGGAUUUAAGGCCCAUUGAACGCAUUAACUGAAAUUAAAAACGAUGUUCAGUUUUCCGAAUCCAGUCUGCUAAUUCUCAAAUUAAAAUUACCAUAAUAUUGCCACUUUCUUUCAUCCAGAUCUUUUGCCGAACGGAG